AUGGUCAACGAGGCCAUUCCACUACCGAGAAAACCGUGCUGGUCGGAUUCGCCUGUCCAACGCAUUCGGCGAAGAGGCGUUCAGACCAAGCGUCGUCAUCAUCAUCCUCAACAUCGCCAUCAAACUCUAAACCCUUGGGUGGUCGUCCGUGGCACGAUUCUGGGUACUCCAGCGGUGGCUAUUCUUCAACAUCUGGCCGCCGGUGACACGGUCGAAUGUUUCCACGUUGAAUCCGUCUCCUUGAGCCGACCACAAAGGCUUUUCGAGCCUUUCCUUCUCCCUCAAUGGGCCGUACGCAUGCAGGAACUCCUGAUCCGGUACCCGCCGAAUCGGCAGAUCCAAUCGGCUUGGAUAUCCGCGUCAUUCGCUUUCUAUAUCGGUCGCGGGUCGACGCAGAUGAUCCAUCAUUUGUUGCUUCCAUUUACACCGGGCUCGGUCCAUGCCAGUGUGCCCAAGAGCUACAGGUGGUUGAGCUUUUCUGUUUGUGCCAACUCCGGAUCGCAACUACGAGCUUCAAACAUGCAAUUAUUUGCCAUGCUCGUGGCAAAAGUCAAUAGCGGCAAGGAUGACAAAUACUGGAGCCGCCGGCACAACGUUACUUGUUCGAGCGGCAUAAAAGGGCGCACGCCAGAUGGCUAUUUGAGAAUUCAAACUCUACGCUCUCGACGAUCUCACGCCAUGUCUACACGUCACUGUCUACUCAUUUUUCUUCAAGGGCGCGAGGUGAUCGGCGACCCGGUGUCGCAGGGGACAACGAGGCCGGAGCGUAUGGGCGAGGAGGCGCAGGCGUCUCCUAGUAUGUACAUCUUACUGGGUGAAGGAAACAAAGGGCGCUAUUUCCGGGUACUUUCCUGGAGAUCUUUGAUCUUGCUGCGGUAUUGGGGCUUCCCUUAUGCAGAGCAUUAG